AUGUGCGCGCUUAACCCAGCGCCAGCAGCUCUUGAUGCUGCAUAUGUCUCCUCCUCCUCCUCCUCCUCCCGUGAUUUUCUGCGUGUUUCUGUUGUUAACCUAUAUGUGGCGUUCAGGUGCCAGGGUGAGUCAUGGCAGUCCGUCAGGAAGGACCUCCUCAAGGCUCUCAACAUGCAGACCGAGCCGCGGCUUCCUGCCGGUGGGCUGGCCGGCAUCAGAGACCAGUGGAAGAGAACCACGAGCACAAUUUUUCACCGAGCCAGCGAACUUCCGGCUGCCUCUGAGUCUCCUGACAGCGGAAACAAAACAAGCCUGAGAUGCUGUUCCGUGGCCACAGAGAUCUUCAUGAAAAAUCUGGGCUGGGACAGCUGGGUGAUCCAUCCUUUGAGCCUAACUAUCGUUCAGUGUGCCAUCUGCAACUCUGCUGUGAACACUGUGCAGUGUCCACCCUCCCACUCCAAUGACCAGGAUGCUAACUCGCAGAAAUGCCCACAAGACCCCCGGGAUGGAACCCAGACCACACAUGAGGAAACUUUAAUAAACUUUAUCGACCUAGAUUUACCCAAAAAAACAGUCAAUAACUCGAUGGAUGUUCUCAGCCCCCUGGAGGUCUGA